AAACUGUCGAGAACCAUGGCCAUUACACUCGCAACAACGGGAGCAGGUCUGCGAGCUUUGGACCGCAUGUCCUCGAAAGCACAGGGAGCCCGCCAGAGAGCACGCUCGCGAUUAAUUAAAAAGAUGAGAAAGAGGAAGCACAUUCUUGGCCGCAAGAUCACAGCAAAACUCGAGCUAGACCAACCACUUUCUGAGAUCGAACAGGCUUACAUCGAGAGGAACCCUCGAGGCCAGCACAAAAAGUCUAGCUCGAGCAAGACAAACCAUGGGUUUCUAGAUGCAACCCAAAUCUCACAACUCAACAGUAUGUUCAAGAUCUCACACUGCAUCAACGAUUUUCUGACAGAAGCCAUCNNAGAACUCAGCGAGAAAACACCAUGCAUCUUGUUCAGGACUUUCACAACCACUGGUACCAGACACACGAACGGAUUUGCAACUCCGACCUUGUACGUGCCCAGUGGCAACCUGAUGGCAGAUAUGGAGGGCAGAAAAGGCGAACGUCAGCCUACCUGGAUAUACAACUCGAUGACUGACAUCCCACUACAAGACUCCAGAGUUCUGCUGGGAGAGUACUUGCUUUGGCGAGACAGAAUACAAGAUGAAUUUUUAUCUUGGACAAUGUCUUACCUNUUUGCAACAGUUCACUUGUAUCUGCGCCAUCUCGACGGCCAGGAAAUCGGUUACAUCUCGAUGAUCAACCGAACUCGAGCUAGUCAUCCGAAGAACUGGUAUCUUGAGCAAUCAGAGACUCAGGAAUAUACGCCUGCCAGGUUUCAUUCCGCCAACGACCUCUGUCAAUACACCAGAGUAUACGACCAUGAGUGGCCAUGCCCAAAAGACCUGCCGAGUCUCCAUCCUCGGAAGAUUAAUCACGAGUUUAUUACUCAUGGAGUAGUCGAGAUUCCCCCAGACGAUCCUUUGCUGCAAGCUGCAUGGAUAGACCUCGUAGCAGCCGGGAUCUUCGAGCUGAUUCCCGAGUUGAAGGUCUGCUUCUAUUCCAUGGUGGCAGGUCUCUACACAGUUUUGCGCUACAUUCGCACAACAAAUUACAACGAGGUUCGCAAGACCACCGAGCGUGAGCUUGCUGUCGCGCAGGACAUAGCGUGGUUACACACCCUCUUACGGCCUGGGGAGAGAAGAGAGGACAGCCGUCCGAAUCUAUGGAUACUCCUCCACACACUUACCUUCCACAAGAGGGAACCGGGUGAUGAACUGUUCAAAGAGCUCAUUCGUACACUUGGCUACACCCACGAAAAUCUGUAUGAAGGGUUCGGAGUAUUUCCAUCCAACUCGCCAGAAAUGCAUUCUCUGUAUCAUCUGGCAGUCGAUGUCCAGGAUGUAGUCGGUGGACAGCCAUUGGACGCGCUGGUUCUAACAAGCACUUACUCGAGGGUGCCACUUCCUAAUGCCAUGGAGACAAAAGAUGAUACACACUACGACAAGUGGAACAAACCUAGGCUGGUCGAAGAUAUCACCAAGGGCUAUGAGAUCAAAGGCAAGUGCAAUGAUCCGUGCAACUGCAGUCGUUGGGGCCCAACCUAUAAGUCCAGGAGAAACAAGAAGGCAGACAACCCUGAUCAGUCCGAAAACGUAGAUGAACCCAGGGUCGACCGGUCCGGAUUAACAACUCAGACAGAACACGACAGCCUGGAGGACUCUGCUCUUCUGGAAGAGCAUGCGGAGGACGAACAACAGAUUGAAUGUGCUGAGUCUCUUGGUAAGUCGAUGGCAUCUCGACCGUCGUGGCAAGACUAUGAAAUGGGACAGACAAGUGGCUUACGGUCACAGAGGCAAUCCAUGCAUGAAGAGCUCAACACCAUGCUCCUCACCUACAAAUACGUGAGCAAAACCAACUACUAG